GACCAAGUCAAAACUUGACCGUUUGUCCUACUGCCCUACUAACAUUUUCUGUUUAAUUAUUCUUCAUUUAGGGUAACAUUACUGUAGAGGGGCAACUUGCAUUGCAUUUCCUCCGGAUUCCAGUAUUUCGAUUAUAUUUGUCCUGUGGAUUGUGCUGUUUACAAUAUGAAGGUUCUGAUUGUGUUUGCCUGCCUCUUGGUUGCGACCAGCGCUCACUUGUGUCUGCUCUCUCCACGCCAGAGGGGAUCAAUGAUGGGCAUCAACAAACCAGGGGCAACAGACUGCAUCCUCCUGAAAGGACCAUGUGGUGAACGUACAGGGAUGCCCACCACCGGAGUCAAAGCUGGCACAAACUUUACAGUGUUGAUUCAGAAGAACUUGGACCACUGGGAUAAAGCAACACCUGGCUACUUCACGGUAUCAUGGGGACUCAGUGAAACGUCAAUGACUAUGAUUGCCAAGGUGCAGGACAAUGGAGAACCUAGUCUUUAUAUCUAUGAAGUUGAAGUCACUGCCCCAAAAUCUUUGAACGAUCACUACAUCAUGCAGGUGACGUAUGUAACAAUGAACAAGCAGGCACCACCCGUGUUCUACCAGUGUGCAGACUUUGGUGUAUACUAAAGAUUCAAACAGUAUAUUCCAUUUCACAGAGCGAAGGGAUUAUGUUACCCAAAUAUUAAUGUUGCAGAGUUCGUGCGAGUAGUAACAUUUAACAAUAUAGAUAUUUCUUCAAUUUCAUGGGACUUAGUUGUAACCCAUAGUUUCACACAACUUUGUAAAGUUCGGAUCAGGGCCUAGAUUAUGUUUGUUGUUUGAAAAAAUAGCUCAUAUAUUCAAUGGUUCAACCUCUUGAUAUCAAACAUGGUGACUUAGCUUGUAUUCGCGAAUGCAACUGUAUACGCCUGUCGGCUACUUGAUUAAGAUAUUACUUUAUGGGUAACUCAUUUA